AUGGACAGUCAUGCUGGAGAUCCAGACUCCUUCCUGAAGUCUGCUCGCCUCCAGCGCCUGCCCUCAUCUUCCUCGGAGAUGGGCAGCCAGGAUGUGUCCCCUCUCCGCGAGACCAGCAAAGACCCCUUCUCCGGGGACUGUAGCUGCCGGCAGGAUGGGCUAACUGUCAUCAUCACUGCCUGCCUAACCUUUGCCACAGGGGUCACAGUGGCCUUGAUCAUGCAGAUCUAUUUUGGAGAUCCACAGAUCUUCCACCGGGGUGCUGUGGUCACGGACGCUGCCCGCUGCACGGCCCUGGGGAUAGAAGUGCUCAACAAGCAGGGCUCCUCAGUAGAUGCAGCCAUCGCCUCGGCCCUCUGCGUGGGAAUAGUCAACCCCCACACAUCAGGGAUCGGCGGGGGCGGGGUGAUGCUGGUCCAUGACAUCCGGAAGAACAAGAGCAAGGUGAUUGAUUUUCGUGAGGUGGCUCCCCUGGGCAUCCCAGAGGAGGAAGGCCUGCAGAAAGCCUUAGACACCAGGCCAGGUCUCCUUGUGGGGGUGCCAGGCAUGAUACAAGGAAUGCAUCAGGCACACCAGUUAUAUGGGAGACUCCCGUGGUCUGAGCUGCUGGGCCUUGUGGCUGGUGUCGCCCAGGGUGGGUUCAAUGUAACACACGAUUUGGCCAAAGCUGUAAGUGAACUGAAGGACUUGAACUACUCUGACAAAUUUCGGGACACCUUCCUGCCAGACGGCCAGCCCUUACUGCCUGGCAUGUUCGUGAGGCGACUGGACCUAGCAGCCACUCUGGAGCUGGUGGGAACAGAAGGAGCAUCAGCUUUCUACAGUGGAAAUUUGACACAGGAGGUAGUCUCUGAGGUCCGCAACUAUGGAGGAGUCUUGAUGGAGGAAGACUUCAGUAAUUACAGUGUCAUGGUGGAGAAUCCAGUCCACACAGUAUAUCGAGGUCAUCUUGUUUUCAGUCCCCCACCUCCACAUGCAGGCCCUGCACUAAUCACAGCUCUGAAUAUCCUUGAGGGCUUUAACAUCACAAAUCAAGAAUCGAGGGGGAAUAUCUUGCACUGGAUGGCAGAGACAUUAAAAAUAGCCCUGAGUCUAGCUAGCAACUUGGGAGACCCAUCUGAUGAUGUGUCCGUCACUCAUGCAGCAGAAGGCAUGCUGAGUAAAUCAGAAGCUAAUUCCCUGCGUCAGCUGAUUAACGACUCGCAGUCCUUCUCUUCUGAUCUCCGCAUGCCUCACUUCUCUGUGGAGAGCGGACCAUCUGCUAGCCAGGUCCUUGUCAUGGGACCUGAUGAUUUCAUUGUUGCAGCUGUAAGUUCCUUGAAUCGUCCGUUUGGCAGUGGAAUAAUAACACCCUCUGGAAUCCUUCUGAACAGUCAGAUGUUGGACUUCUCCUGGCAAAAUAAAACAAUGAACCACUCAAUUCCCAGGCUGCAAAAUCUUAUUCAGCCUCGGAAACGGCCCCUGUCUUUUUUGUUGCCCACCAUUGUGAGACCAUCAGAGGGGAUGUGUGGAACGUACCUUUGUCUGGGAGCUAACAAUGGGGACAAAGCCUUGAGCGGCAUUGUUCAGGUUUUAGUAAAUGUUUUAACAUUUAACAAGAAUCUGAGCGAAAGUUUGUCACUUGGUCGACUUCAUCCCCAGCUUCAAUCCAACACCUUGCAAGUUGACAGUGAAUUUUCUCAAGAAGAUAUUGAAUUUCUUGUGGCCAGGGGCCAUCAAGUGGAUAAAGUCAAAGUGGUCUCCCUCGUUCAUGGGGCCAGGAGAACCAACAGCUUCAUCAUCGGCCUGAAGGACCCCAGGAGUGUGGAUGCUGCAGGAGCCACAAUACUGUAGCAACUACCAGAUGGUGUGUUCACUGAACAAGGCUUUAGACAAAUCAACAGAAGUGAUCUGCAUGUUCUGAAAUGGCCCCCAAGUUGGGACCGCUGUAUACACGCUACUGAGUAGACCCUUGGCAUUCCCUACAUUGGACAACAGAAGAGCAGUUAGGAAAGCCAACAUACUGCCCUCUGAUUUUUCUUUUUUAAUAAUGGAAUUGCAAGCAGCUCGGUCAUUGUUAUAUAAACGCAGGGCACACACUUUUGGCAGAGUCCUGUUAAUAAUUUCAGUCAUUUCAAAAGCCCAAUUUUAGCCAACAUCCUAAUUUUAGUGAGCAGGAACAUUAGCACAGGAAACAAUGACAGGAACAAACAGCUGCUGAUGCUACUGUAAUCUUCAUCUCUAUUUCUUCCCCGAGUUUAUUCUUUGUCUCUUGCGUAAGUCAAUAAUUAAUACAACCAGCCUAAUGUAGUGUUUGCAGGUGCCUGUAGAUGGCAUAUGAGGGAGUCUCAUAUACUCCGUAUAGGCCAACUGACUUGUAGAAGUUUGUAGCCUCCUAUGCUAGCUUAUUUUCACACAUCACUACAUACCUUGAAUUUGUCAAGUCCCUGCAGACUCACUGAAGGUCUGAUUCAGAAUUGUUUUGCCUCUUUAACGGCAAACUUGGACCAGUAAUUCACUGCUCUUGUUCCUAGAACAGCUGUAUCACCAUACAUUUUGUAAUGCACAGCAAUGGUUUUUGACUUCUAAAAUUUGUGCCCUCCCCCCCCCAAAAUAGUUUUCUUACAGAGGUUCUGGCUCCUCCGUAGUGAAUUUAAGCUUACUGGUAAUGGGCUUAUUUUUCUUGGAUACUUUUUGGAGAUAUCUUAGAAGUACUCCACAAACUUGCAAGAAUCCAGACUGAAAACCAGAUGGAGAGAAUUUAGGCAGAUUCAGGGCUUUCUUUACACUGCUUUAUCUCAGCCUGCUUUGAAAGUAGGAAUUGCAUAAUCCCUACAGAGAGGCUUGGGAUUUUCUACUUACUAAAUUCAAGCCUGUACUUCAGCUCAGUACUUUAAUGCUGGUGGUUACAUUAGAAAAGCUGAAGAGAGUGAGAGAAAAGAUGCACAACAAAACAAAAACUACUCAGAUAUUUUUCUUUCCCCAACAUGUAAUGCAGAGUAUAAGAAUGAUUCUGCAUUUCUUGCACCAAAUAGAAUGAAAAAAAUCAUGUUUGCUGCACAGUCUCAUUCAAUCCACGUUUGAAAUUUCCUUCUAUUUUUACUAGUAAGUUAGGUAGAGACACCUAGCACUACAUAGUUUGGGAAUUUGAUCAUUUGUUUCCUGCAGUCUAAAUUGUAAUGAUUUCCUUCAAGGUGCAAAUGUGUCUAUGGCCACUGUACGUAUUACAUAUGUAUGUCUGCUUAUGGUUGUCUUGGUCUUUCAUUUGAUGAUUAUGCAAGUUAUUCCAGGCCUUUCUUCUGAGGGAAAAGGGUUCUGGACCCUUGUAAAUACUGAUUUGUUUGUAACACACCUCCUUACUUUAGUUUCAAUUUGAUAAGGGGAAUGAGCAGGGCUGUUUUGAGGUGGUCACAGAACUACCACAGAUAAUCAGACUAAUCAUUCCUGACAUCUGUCAGCUGAGGAUCUCCAAGCAUCUCAUGUAAAGUCUUGCACGCGGUGCUGAGGAAGGAAAGAGAUACUGCUACGCUCCACUAAGAUGCAGCCACCCAUGAGGCAAGUGAGGCAGCUAUUUAGCAAACAUGAACAUCUCCAAUAUUUUAUGUUACAAAUAAGUCAAUAGACUCAGCAGAGUGUAGCCAAGAGACAGCAGAAGUAUAACAGCACACUUUAUCUUUGAGAAGAUUAUAUUCUGUGUCACCAAAAUGUCAUUAUGUCAAGGACAGGAUUUCUUCACUGUAGAGAUGUAGAAUCUAUUUAUUUAUUUUUCUGUCAUAGCAGCUAGCAUUGGACACUGUCCAAAGUUGGAAUUUUCAUAAAAUUGUACAUCUUUUUUCACAGCUAUCUUAAGGUUUAACAGGAAAGGACUGAUGCAUUUCUGUGCAGUGAAUCUCACCGUUGGAAAUUUGGGAUUUUCUGGUACAGUGACAGCAUUGAUCUGUCCCUCAGACACGGAGGUUUACUGAGCAUAACUGCAAAAUAAGUGGUCAAGUAAUUGUUAUUACAGUACUUUGCAUGGAAUAUUACAAAACACUUUGAAAGCUAAAACUUCUACUUAUUAAUUGAAUUCUUUUCAGCAAUUCACACCUGAUACUGGGAAAUGAGUAUUCACUCUGCUCUUGAUUCAAGACUUCAGAGUCUUGAAUUCAGAAUCUUAAUAUUAAGCACGCUCCUAAGUGCUCUGCUGGAUCACAGCCUACAUUGCGGAAAAAGAGAAAAUUUAAAAUAAAUGGAAUAUGGUUCUUAUGCCCUUAUAUCAUGGCUAAGAGAAGCAAAAAUACUUUGAAUUAUUUCCCAUUUGUUCUGUUUAAAAAUGUCAUCAGUGUAGCAAGAUGUAUUUGAUACUGAAACCUUUAUCAACUAAUGUCUGAUUGGCCCACUGUCUCCAAUCCUUUAAGUCAAUCUGUUGUGAUGAUAUCUGAUGAACUUAAUUUGUGAUACUGAAAAACACCUGAUGUUUCCCUAUGUACAGGUGAGAGAGACAUUGUGAAAUAAAGGGCCAUAUUCUAGAGACACGA